UUCCGAACUUCUGUUACUUUUCGUUGUUAUUGCACAGAAGGUAGCUCAAGCUCUCUCCCUUGUCCAUACAAAACUAGGAGAUGAAUGUCAUCCCCAUUUCAUAGUUUUCAUGUACACUAUUCAAUCUGCAUCGUGCGUCUACUUGGCUACGAAUUGGGCAGAAAUCGCAGUUGAGGGCCGUCAGUUGAUUCUUGACGUGAAACACACGCAAUAUAUCAGCAUCAUAAUCUACAUGGCUCUGUUCGAACUGGCCAUCAGUCUGCUGAUCACGAAGACCUUCGAGACUCCUGUUCCCGAAUGUCGACUGGCUAAGCUAAUCCAGUCGGGAAAUAUAGCCCUGCUGGUUCCCUAUGCCCUGUUUGCAGUCUCGGCCUACUUCUUCAUCAUGGCUCUCUACAACGCCCCCUUCACCCGAGCCAGAUUUCUCCGGUCUGUGGCAGCCGAAACUAAACACCGAAACGGGUUCAAAGUGUUGCGAGUGCAGCACUGUUUCGGCCAACUGAUGAGAGAAUGUGCUAUCGGCUUAGUGUACAGUUCGACCUUCGGGGCUAAGUUGGCGGUGGAAUAUAUCACGGAUGACGCCGAAACCAUCUUCAUAGUACGCGCCAUUGCUACUUCUGUGGGCUUCGUUGCUCUUUCUCUCAACUCAUUCUAAACAUAUCCUUCUAACUGUUCAGUUCCUGAUAACUCACACUUAAACCUUGAUACUAAUGACAUGAAAAUUAUGAUGAUGGGUUCUACUGAAAAACAAUACAAAAAAUUUAUUGACAAGGUGCUAGAUAAU